UCGCCUCUCGGUACAAAAUUAAAUUACCAAUCUCGGUAAACAAUGACUGUCAACCCAGACCGGGUAUAAAAGGCUUGAGACGGGUCAGCCAGCGUCAGUGUACCGCCGUCACAGCAGGAGGAAACACAGGAAGAGUUCUGCCACCUUGAGAAGAUUUCUUACAACGAUGAAGUCAUUCGCCUUAAUCGCCUUCUUGCUGGUGCCUUUGGCUGAUUGUCAACGGCAUGAGUGCAUCAAAGGCUGCGAGCUGAACUCAAAGCCUGUGUGUGGGACGAACGGUCAGACUUACCCCAGCGCCUGUAUAUUGGAGAUCCAUUCCUGUCUCAGUCCUGAGAAGAACCUCAAGGUGGAUUAUGAAGGGAAAUGUCGUGAUGACAACGAAUGCCCGAUAGCCUGCACCUUGCAAAUCGACCCGGUGUGUGGGACAGACGGAAAGACAUACUCAAACUCUUGCUUCUUGGAAAUCGAGGCUUGUAAUAACCCCGAACUGAAUUUGAAGAUUGCUAAGAAUGGUCAAUGUGGUGACAACGAAUGCCCGAUAGCUUGUACUGAGCAACUCGACCCGGUGUGUGGGACAGAUGGAAAGACAUACUCAAACUCUUGCUUCUUGGAAAUCGAGGCUUGUAAUAACCCCGAACUAAAUUUGAAGAUUGCCAAGCAGGGUGAAUGUUAAGAGUUCAACCAGCAACUCAAACAAGGCACACAACAGCAUGGAAGAUCUUGUUAGUGAUCUUCCAGAUCUCGAUGAAACACGAAUAUCCUAACUGGUUGUUAAGACCAUGCUCAAGGCGUUUACUACCAGCUUAGACAUCAAGAUCAAUAUACUUCAUAGCAUUUAACCUACUUAUCUUGAUGUUUUUCUACCUAAAUCUGCCAAUAAAGUUGCAAAAUCUA